UCCUCUGUGGCUCGCUGCUCUGUGUUUUUGUGUGUUUGUGUGUGUGCAACAAACACAGCAUUAGACAAAGGCAACAGUCCACUUUACUUUUCGUUACUCACGUAGCACCAGGAAUGGAUAAGAAGUCUUGUCCUGAGGGAAAAAAGUUUGACAACUUAGUCCACACGUGUGUGCCCAGCAAGUCACUAAUGAGAUCUCACCCUGAUCCACCAAAAGAGCCGCCCCUGACUGUCGUGAACCAGCUCAAAGCCAUAAACACCACUGUCAAGCCCACCUCGAUGGUGGUGCUGAGUCCGACUCUGUGGAUUUCUGUGGUCGUGGUCGUGGUGGGGUCCAUCUUGGCUUUGACUCUUUGGUUUAUCAUAUACAAGCGACAGACCAGACGCAGCAGCACCUCCGAGGAUGGCAUGCCAAGACAGGAACUUCUUCAGAAAGCGCAGCCACCUGCCAAACUGCACCCUCUGCCCUCAGAAAGAAACGGUCAAGCUGAGAUAUUUCAGAGAGCGGCAGAGGCCCCAUCACCCUGCUCUCAUGUGCACUCUGGGAGCCAAACAGGCUCAGAGUGGGAGAAUGGCUUCACAGCUUGCAGGGACCUCAUGAUGCGUGGUGGAGCAGAGGUGGGCGGAGACUCGCCUGCAUGCAGCACAAUGGCGGAGCACAGAAUCCCACUUCCUGCCACAGAGCUGGGUGGCACUGCUUUAGUUACAACUAAAACCAUGUAAGGCUGCGGGUGUGUGGUCGUACUCUUUAAGCAGGCUGUGGGGAAACACAUUUGUUUGCUCACUAACAUUGUGGCCACACCUCUCCCUUUUGUGGGCAAAAAGCAAGUUCAUUAAACCUUAGAGUGAAGACUUGGCUUCAGGUUGGGGUACAGCUUUCAUGAGUACUGAGAGGGGUCUCCAUGAAAUGUGAGGUCGAAGUAAUAUUCUCUAAAGAGAUGAAAACACACCUGUGUUCUUAAAAACGUAUAUCCACUGCAUUUAUACUGCACGUUGUACUCAGUAUACUGAGAUUUCUGUGUUUCUACCAUGUUCUUAUGGGUUUUUUAAAAAUAAGAUUACGAUUUUCUACAGCUGUUUUUAUUCCUCUGCA